ACAUAUAGAAAGCAAUUUAAUGCUGUCUUUAUUAUUUUUUUUAAUAUACUAGUGAGGUGUUUUUCUUUUAGCAUAGUCACAAAUAAGAUAAGAACAUAUCAAUAACACACAAAUAAAAUAUAUUCAAUGACAUGUAUCUAAAAGGAGACGUGCCAGUUAUGUUGUCAUGUUCAUUUUCAACAUAGAAUCAUCAUCUGAAACAUUACCCUGUUUAGAAUGGGAGUUGCUAGUAAAUAAGUAGUUAAUUGGUUUGCUGCCAAUUCUUGCCUGCGGAUAUAUGUUUUAUUAUUGUUAAUUAUUUUCCUUGAUAUGGAGUCCGGAGACGACGCAAAUCGUGUAUUAUUGUGCACAUGAAAGCAACGUUCGGAAAUUGCAAGAGCUAGCAGAUUCUGGUCCAUCUCGCACGAAGGCACGAUGAACAGAUAAGGGAGGAAGAACAGCGGCAUAGAAGCUGCCUAAAAAGCGCACUACACGCAACGACCCUGGUUAUCGUCGCCGUCACACUCCGCCGAACAAUGAAGUGCUAUACAUUGUUCAGUGCUCGACAUCUACUGAAAGCGUUUUUGCUACAUUUUAUUAUUUCUCAGCUAACUCUGGCUGCACCUUCGCCAAUAAUCAAGUUUCCUGGGGAUGAUACCCCGCAAACGGACAAAGAAAUAGCGCUGCAUUAUCUGAACAAAUUCUAUGGGUGUCCACAAGAGAGCUGCAGCCUCAUGGUACUCAAAGACACCCUGAAGAAGAUGCAGAAGUUUUUUUUACUGAAAGAAACCGGGGAGCUUGAUCAGGAAACGGUGGAGAUCAUGAAGAAAUCCCGUUGCGGGGUUCCAGACAUGGCUAAUUACAGCUUUUUCCCCAAUAAGCCUAAGUGGAAAAAGAGGGGAAUUACGUACAGGAUUUUAGGGUAUUCUCCUGAUCUGGACGAGGGAACCAUAGACGAUGCUUUCCAUCGGGCCUUUAAAGUUUGGAGCGAAGUCACCCCACUCACGUUCACCCGCGUCAUGGAAGGAGAGGCUGACAUCUUUAUUAACUUUGGGCGUAAAGAGCACGGCGAUGGGUACCCCUUCGACGGGAAGGACGGCCUGCUGGCCCACGCGUUUGCCCCUGGCCCAGGAAUUGGGGGCGACUCCCACUUUGAUGACGACGAGCAGUGGACUCUUGGAGAGGGACAAGUGGUAAAGGUAAAGUUCGGGAAUGCAGAGGGGGAGUUCUGUAAAUUCCCCUUCCUUUUCAUGGGGACGGAAUACAAGACCUGCACUACGCAGGGCCGGGACGAUGGCUUCCUGUGGUGCUCAACCACCUACAACUUCGACGACGACGGAAAGUAUGGUUUCUGCCCCCAUGAAUUGCUCUUCACCUUCGGGGGCAACGCCGACGGCGCCGCCUGCAAGUUCCCCUUCACCUUCCAAAGCGAGAAGUACGACGGCUGCACCACGGUCGGCCGCACCGACGGUUACCGCUGGUGCGCCACCACCGACGACUAUGACCGCGACAGGACCUACGGCUUCUGUCCCGAGACCGCCAUGUCCACGAUUGGGGGGAACUCUGAGGGAGCGCCCUGCACUUUCCCCUUCACCUUCCUGGGUAACGACUACGACGCCUGCACCACUUCCGGGCGCCUUGACGGGAAAAUGUGGUGUGCCACCACCAAGAGUUACGAUGACGACAGCAAAUGGGGCUUCUGUCCAGCUGAAGGCUACAGCCUGUUUCUGGUGGCGGCUCAUGAGUUCGGUCACGCUUUGGGGUUGGAACAUUCCCAGGAUACAACUUCUCUGAUGGCUCCAGUCUAUACCUUCACCAAGGAGCUCAGGCUCGCCAGAGACGACAUAAUAGGCAUUCAGGAGCUCUAUGGUGCUCCAACCGACAGGCCCCUGCCACCAACUCAAGGCCCAGUUUCUCCACUGGAUGUUUGCAGUGAGAAUAUUGUCUUUGACGCUGUGGCUCAGAUAAGAGGAGAGACGUUCUUCUUCAAAGACAGAUUCGUCUUUAGGUCAUCCAACUUCAGGGCCAAACCCACUGGGCCCAUGUGGAUAAGCACCUUCUGGAGGGAGCUGCCAGAGAGGGUCGAUGCCGCGUACGAGACCCCACUGGACGAAAAAACGGUGUUCUUCGCAGGGAAGGAGAUGUGGAUAUACUCCGCCAGCGUGCUGGAGAGUGGCUAUCCCCAACGGAUUUCCUCCAUGGGCCUGCCUGAGGAUCUGGAUCACAUUGACGCUGCCUUGUCCUUCAGCAAGAGCCAAAAGACCUACUUGUUCUCUGGAGACAACUUCUGGAGGUACAAUGAAGUUAAGAAGCAGAUGGACCCUGGCUUCCCCAAGCUGAUCGCGGAUGCAUGGACCGGCAUCCCAGACAACCUAGAUGCUGCCUUCAGCGUGAAUGAAGACGGUCACAGCUACUUCUUCAAGGGGGUUCACUAUCUCAAGCUGGACGACAACACCCUGAAGGUCAUGAAAUUUGGUGACGUGAAAACGGACUGGCUGGGUUGCCGAGCAACACAGUGAAAGAGAAGAUGGUGGCAGCUCCCUCUCUCACCACCCCGCCAACCGCACACGUGUAUACGCGCAUGCCCACCCACGUGACCGCUCUUUCGUUGGGCUGUUGUCCGCGGCCAAGAUCGCCACAGCUGUUGAAUCCAAGAUUGUCAUGUUAUAUGCACUUACUCCCACAUACCACACUGAUCUCCCCGUCAGGUGAGCGAAGCCAGGCCUUGGCUUAUCGGAGGCCCAAUGCAAGAUUAACAGAUCUCAUUCGCUUGCAGAAUAUAGUAACCUGGGUGAAACAUACAUGUUGUUUUUAUAUUAUAUAUUUGUGUAAUAUAGACAGAUUAGUUGUAAUGCAUGUACAGACUUACUCUCUCCAAAGCCCUUGUUAUAAAAAGUACUCCCUACUUUGGUAGGGAUACACUGUUACUAGUUACUGGUUACUAAACUGUGUAAGUCCCUCUACAUUCCAUGGGCAUCAGGUAUGUCCACACUGCACACUGACUCGGGUGGUGUUGUACUGUAAUGGAUUUUUUACUCUGAUCAUAUUCAUGCAGAGUUUUGAAGCACUUUUAUUUCUUAAUAAAUGUGUUCUGAAGAAACGUGACCAAAUAA